GAUUCGUAGAAGCGAUUGCUCCUGAAAGGGAGGGAGGUGGACCGCCGCUCCGAAUCCAUCUGGAGAAGCGGGAGGCCCAAAGCGAAGGCAAGCCGAGGUGCUUGAGGCUUAAGGAGAGGAAAGCUUCAUCCCAGCAAGUCCCGCAAGCUGGGCUGCGGUGCUUUGCUGGAGACGCGGAAACUUUUAUCCUGCCAGGCGAGGUGGUGCAGGAUCAUUUGGGACCGGUUUCGUCUCGGGGAAAGAUUUCCACGUGCCCGGACUGCCUCCUGAGGACUGGAGAGACAGGCAGUGCAGACUACUGGAGAGCUGAAUUCACAGAAAAUAUGUACAAACAAGGAGCUUGAAAAAUGUACCAUUGAACAAAGGCUUCAGCAUGGAGAAGAUGAAGAUGAAGAAGGCAUGAGCUAUGACUCCCUGUGUUCCUGUACAAAAACUGAAAACAUGACAACUUGGCAGAAUGGCUCUGGAAAUGCCACCUCUGUUAUCUGUAUAGUGAUGGAUAAUAAAGAAUCAGGGAACAAUACUACCUCAUUGUGUCAUAAUGGGGGAUGCAGCACAAAUAACAAAAAUGGAAAUAACAAUCAGGAUGAUAAAGCCAAUCCUUCCAAAAUAAUGCGUUUUUUCCCCACUCCUCGGAAAAGAUCCAGCUCCAAUGUAGAACGGCCUCGUUCAGUUAUAGUUAUGGGGAACUCAUCAACAUGGAAUACUUUGUCUUCCCUUAGAAAAAUGGGAUCUUUCAAGAAGUUGAAAUCAUCCGUUCUCCAAGGAAUUCCAGCCAAAGAAGAUCCAGGUAACUUAAACGAUAACCUGACAGAGAACAAAAUCAGGAAGUGCAUUCCAAACAAUACAGCAGUGAGAGUUCAGACAAACAGGUAUUCUUAUUCAGGGCCCCUCCAUGACUUGCACAGCACAACAGAUAACACAGUGGUUUCUGAUCAUUCUGAUGGAGAAGAAAUGGACGAUUCCUUCCUCAGGAGCACUUGUCGAUCACGCAGCAUCAGGCGUGCUUAUGGAACUGGCCGUAUAAAUUUAUUAGAUGGUGAUAAAACUCAGGAUCCUCAGAGCAAAACCAAAAUGGUAUCCCCCGUCACGCAAGAACCCCAGAGUUGUGAAAUUGUAGGAAAAGAUUCAGAAUGCCCCAAGGGAAUCUACAGGAGGAGUAAGAGCAGCGAUAACCUGAAUUUUCUGAAAAAGAGCUCAUUCAAAAGGAAGUCAACCUCAAACCUUGCCGACCUCAAAGCGGUAAACGAAAAGCAUACGCCACUAAGAACCACGAGUAUGUCUUUGACUGACUCAGACAAAACCAACAGGAACUUGGAGCGGAAAUCAAAACGAUGGAAGAGCCCAAUUAGAGCGAAGGAUUUUGACAGAGUUUUGAAACUUGUCAGUAAUGUAACUGAUGGUGCUUUGAAGAAGGACUGUACUGAGAGUGACAUUUCUUCCCCUGGUGAACAGAACCAGAAGACCAGACCAAACAGCAGGCUCCAUGAGGACUAUUCCCGCAGGGUUUCCGGCAGCACCGAGAAUGAUAGGUGGAAGUGUCUACCACCCCGGCGUAACCCAGUCUCAGCUGUUCCCAGGUACAGCAUCCAGAGCUCUGAGGAUGACUAUGCUGGAUCACCAUCUUCAUUAAAUCUUGAUGCUACUGGCCAUAGGAUGUCGUCCUGUGAUCUUUCAGACUUGGUUUGUUCGCCACCUCCACUUCAGAACCCUGGGUCCCUUCCUGAUGAAGUGUUCCAUGAAGAUUUUGAUGGGUCAAAAAAUCGCAACCUAUUUACAUACAGCACUGAGCACCCCAUCAGUCCUGCUAGACCCACCGUUCCCAAGCCUCAGAGUCCUACUGCUGAAAGCAUCAAGUGCAUUAUGGAUGUCCAUUGUCCCGACCGGUACAGUACCCUGUCGCUCAGCUCAGUGGAAAGUGAGGGAAGAGGGGAGGGGCCGUCUGCCAAGUUGGGGAAGAGUCCUGUUUGCCUCCAGGAUUCUGUGCAAGCUGUAUACUAUGAUGAUACAAAUGAAGACAGUGGCAUCAGCAGCCAUUCUCAGCUGAGUCUCAACUUAGCUGUGAGCGCUGAUGAAAAGAAGGAAGAGGUUGUUACUGAUGAUCAUUGGAAGAAGUUUCCAUUCCAAGAUGAAGAAAGAACAGAUGCUCAGAAAGUCCCAACCAGAAGAUGGGGUUCUGGAAAAAGAUCUCGGCCUCGGCCCCUCUCAGAUUAUGGCCAGUUGGCAAUUAGAAGUUUUUCCAUUCCAGAAGAUUCUGUUGCUAUGGGUUCCCAGAAAACGGACUCUUUGGAGAAUGACAGUGAGACCAAGCCGCCUCCUGUUAAAUCUGGAACUUGUGCAGUAGCCAACCAAAAAGCAAACAGAAGACGACCCAUCUCUGUCAUUGGUGCAGUCAGUUACUAUGAGACUAAUCAAACAGAAGACAUAACAGCUCUCCUCACACAACCUGUGGCACGGCCUCCAGUACCAGCACAUCAGGUUCCUCCCUACAAAGCUGUCUCAGCCAGAUUCCGCCCCUUCACUUUUUCUCAAAGCACGCCCAUUGGUCUGGAUAAAGUUGGGUGUAAGCGUCAAAUGAGAGCAUCCAAUGGUGCUGCAGAUGUUGGCGUUGAAUCUCCAGCUUUAGUCGAUGAUAAUGGCAGUGAGGAGGAUUACAGCUAUGAGGAACUCUGCCAUGCCAACCCUAGGUACUUGCAGCCUGGAGGCGAGCAGCUAGCUGUCAAUGAGCUGAUAAGUGAUGGGAACGUGGUCUAUGCAGAGGCUCUCUGGGAUCACGUGACCAUGGAUGAUCAGGAACUAGCCUUCAAAGCUGGAGAAGUCAUCCAAGUCCUUGAAGCUUCCAACAAAGAUUGGUGGUGGGGAAGAAAUGAAGACAAGGAAGCCUGGUUUCCAGCCAGCUUUGUCAGGCUACGAGUCAAUCAAGAAGAACUUGCAGAAUACUGUGGUGGCCUCCAAGAUGAAGAACCAAAUGUAGAUCCUGAAAAGCAUCGCCAAAAAAUAGCAGAAAACAAGGAUCAGAUGAGAACCAAUGUAAUUCAGGAAAUAAUGAAUACAGAGAGGAUUUAUAUCAAACAUCUCAAGGACAUCUGUGAGGGAUAUAUUCGGCAAUGUCGCAAACAUACAGGAAUGUUCACUGUGGCCCAGCUAAGCACCAUAUUUGGAAAUAUUGAAGACAUUUACAAAUUCCAAAGAAAAUUUUUGAAAGAUCUAGAGAAGCAGUACAACAAAGAAGAACCCCACUUAAGUGAAAUAGGAUCCUGCUUUCUUCAGCAUCAAGAAGGCUUUGCGAUCUAUUCUGAGUAUUGUAACAAUCAUCCUGGAGCCUGCCUUGAGCUCUCCAACCUGAUGAAGCACAGCAAGUACCGCCAUUUUUUUGAAGCUUGUCGCCUCCUUCAGCAAAUGAUUGACAUUGCCAUUGAUGGUUUCCUCCUCACGCCUGUUCAGAAAAUCUGCAAAUAUCCCCUGCAGCUUGCUGAAUUAUUGAAGUACACCACUCAGGAUCAUAGCGACUAUAACAAUAUAAAGGCAGCAUAUCAAGCCAUGAAAAAUGUAGCUUGCCUCAUCAAUGAACGCAAACGAAGGCUAGAAAGUAUAGACAAGAUUGCUCGCUGGCAAGUCUCCAUUGUCAACUGGGAGGGGCAAGACAUUUUAGGCAAAAGCUCUGAAUUAAUCCACUCAGGAGAAUUGACCAAAAUCUCCAAGCAAGGCAAAAGCCAGCAAAGAACUUUCUUUCUUUUCGACCAUCAGCUUGUAUUCUGUAAGAAAGAUUUAUUGAGAAGGGACAUGCUGUACUACAAAGGCCGGAUGGACAUGGAUGAAGUGGAGGUGGUAGAUGUUGAGGAUGGCAGAGACAAAGACUUCAAUAUCUCUGUUAAAAAUGCUUUUAAAAUUGUAAAUAGUGCUACUGAAGAAGUCCAUCUAUUUUGUGGGAAAAAGCCAGGAGAUAAAAAAAAGUGGCUGGAGGCUUGUGCAAAUGAGAGGAGACGGGUACAAGAAGACAAAGAAAUGGGAAUGGAAAUCUCAGAAAACCAAAAGAAGCAAGCAAUGCAAAAUGCACGGAAGGCAAGACAUGGGAAGAUGAAAGGUGUCAGCUAUAAUGGAUGCCCUGUGCCACCACCACACCAAAGUUUACAUCCUAUCCAUCAGCGUCAUGUUACGGUGCCCACUAGUAUUCCACAGCAGCAGGUGUUUGCCCUGGCAGAACCAAAGCGGAAACCAUCACUUUUCUGGCACACUUUUAACAAACUGACGCCAUUUAAGAAAUGAAUUACCCAAGGCCCAUGGACUGGACCUGGAAGGCCAUCUGGAAAAGGGGAACAAUUUGCCAGCAAAUAUUUUGUUGGUCCAGUUGGAAAACUUGAAUUCUGUUCUGGAGAGAAGAAAUUGGGCUCUAUUCCUGAUUUUCCACCAUAACCUUCACUGAACAACAUGAAGUAUACAUGGGUUAUUGAAGGAGGUAGUGAAUGAUCUGAAGUGAAUAUGGUCCUGAAUCAAUAAACAGACUGAUAGGGGAGCUGCCACUUGACCACAAUAGCAAAUUGCUGCUAUCUCAGAAAGUGGCAUGUGCCACCCUUGUACCAAAGGAAUGGUUAAAAACUCUUAAGUCAUUUUGCCAGGCUUAAUAAUGAAUGGAUUGGCCAAAUUUAGAAAUAAGAAGGAUAGCCUUUCCCCCUUUGUACAGAAUUUUGCAAAAGGUGGUAUCCUCCCUAUGGAUCUUAUAUGAUCAAGUUGUCGCUACUGAGAAAGCUGCUCAGUUCUUCCUAUUUGUCUUUGUUUGCUGUGUUUUUCUGUUAAGUGGGAGUAAGACUUCCUCCAAGGCAUAUUCAUGGCAAAAGGAAGAAAAUGUGAACUUAGUGUCAUAAAUAGAUGAACAUGCAUUUUUAUAUGAAGAAAGGCCCCUAUGGACUGUGGGUAGAAUCUUACCAAAACCGGUACUUUGCUGCAUGCAUUAUCUGCUCAUCGAGAAACUGAUUUCAUUUUAUUUUGUUACCUGUAGCUCUUGAGCCUAUGAAAAUUGCAUCUUUGGUUUCCAGUGAACCUGCUUGUACUGUAUGAAAAAUGAAAGUGUUUUUUUAUGUUAGGAGUGCCUUAAAUGGCACCAGUCUGACUAUACAAAGAUAAGAAUAUGAAAAAAAAAGCAACCUGAGAGACUUUUCACUCAAUCCCAUAAAUAUACUCAUUCCAUCUGGUUUGUGGGAUUUCCGACAAAAAGGACUUUAGACAGUUUCCAACAUGAUAUUUUUAUGUGGUUACUCUUAGGUGCAUCAGACAAGCAAGAAGAGGCUUAGCAAUUAUUUCUCUGGCAUUAUAUUAAGAGUAUCCAACACUAGGACCAUCUGGUGACAUUAGAAAUGAAUUUUGAUUAAACUUGGUAGAAACAUGGUCUAUUUAUGGAAUAUUAAAAUGAUAUGUCCUUGUUUUGAUUUGGUUUGUUCUCUUCUGUGAAAUGAAAUUGUUUUUUAACAUGGGGUUGCCAAAAAUAUGCUCCUUGGAGAAAACUAUCAUAAAUUAGAGUUUAUGGCACGCCAUUGGUCCCCCUCUCUGCUGGAGUCAUAUAUUGCUAAUGCUUACAGUAAAAUACGGGAUCUUCAGAAUAGGAUGGGAUAUAUGGUUUGCAAUUAGCAUUAAGCCAUAACAGGUGUGUUCAGUUUAGCCUGUUGCACUAACCCAGCCUCUGCAGUUUGUAAACCAUGGCUCGUGGCUCAAUCUAUUGAGCAUACCCAGCCAAUUGUGAUUUUUUCAAUAAACCACGGUUUACAAAACUACAGCUCAGAGCAAUGUAUGAGCUCUGAAACAAAUUCAGGGAUGUUUAUGUUAUUUUUGCUACGAAGGUUGGUUUGGGGUAUGUGUGUGCACUUUUUUAAAAAAAAGCAGGAUCAGCCUUUUCUAGAUAUGUUGGACUGCAAUUUCUUAGCCAGCAUGGCCCAAAGGAAAGGCUAGACUGUAUGAAGGGCCAUGAUUUCACCCAGAUGAGAUGAAAUGUAAAAUAAGAAUUUGAGUCCACUCCUGAGCAUAGUUGCUAGGUAGUAAACCCUUUUGAUUUCAUCGGAACUUACUUCUGAGCAGACGUGGCUUGGAGAGGUUGCCAUCCAGCCAAAGUGCAGCAUUUCUCAGUCUUCGCUUCAACAGACAUGCUUCAGUAUUAAAGACUGAACUUAGGGAGAUUCAGCAGUUCCAAAGUUUGGCUGCAUUGUGCCGUGGUCUGUACAUAUGUACACACAUACAGUGUUACAAUGAUUUUUAACAAUUGGCAGCUUCAGCAGUAGACAAUAAAAACUAUGUCUCUGAUAUGAUAAAAAUGCUAAUAGAAGAUGGAUCUGAUUAGCUCUGACUACAGAUAUAUUGAAAGGAAUUGGUGCACCUACAUUUUUCAUACUGCUAGAAAUGUCUUUCUUUACUAACAAGAAUGUUUAAACACGAGCAGAUAGCUUUUAAUAACAGGCAUGCUAGAUACAGUAUGUCUCUGUACAUAGCAUAGAAAAUCCAGCAAAACAGUCCUUCUUCCCUCCAGAUGUGCUGGAUUUUGACUCUAAUCCCAACAUAGCAUUAGCACUGGAUUAGGGAAGCUGAAGUUUUAAUUCAUCUGGAGAGCACUGGGCUGGGAGGGGAUGCUUUAAAAUAGUUUUGGUGCUCAGCUGAAUUGUUCAUUGUGCUGUUCAUACUUGCUUUUGAUACUAGCCCCUUUUCCCCCAAAGAUGUUACUUUUUCUAAAAAAAAAAUUGCAAUAGCGAUUGCCAUUUCAUACGAAAACAAGUAUCUUCUUAAUAGCCAUGUUUUGCAAGAACAAGUAGUGAAUGUGUGCACAAAGAAACGUGGCCAUGCAAGGACAUUGGAACUUGUCUUGCAUCAUUCGUAUUUUUAAAAUGUGCCCCUAAAAUUAUGUCUAACAACUGGGACUUGUAACAAAAUAUUAUAAUGUAUUUUAGAUGGAUAAGUAACCAUUCGUGCCUGGGGCUCACACUGCGUUAAAAGGAUUUUUUUGCAGCUGAGUGGUGCAGGGGAUAUGCCUGGGAUGUGAUGGUGUCAUCAGAAGAUACCAGAAUUUUUAAUUGUUUUGGCAGGUUCCAAAUUGGGCAAGUUUUCUUAAUAUUAAUAGAUGCAUUAAGUGUAUUGGAAGUUUAAUAUAUCUAUUUCCUUUUAUUCCCCACCAAACAUCAGAAGUCACAGCAUUUUGUUUAUGGUGGUUUGCAGCCACACUUCAGUGCUGUGAUUUUGGGAGUAUUGAGGGCAAUGUUUCUCAACCUUGGCAACUUUAAGAUGGGUGGACUUCAACUCCCAGAAUUCCCCAGCCAGUAAGGCUGGCUGGGGGAUUCUGGGAGUUGAAGUCCACCCAUGUUAAAGUUGCCAAGGUUGAGAAAUACUGAUCUAGGGGGUUAUGAGGCAUAGCUUGACUACCUCUCAUCAUAAUAAAAUAUCGAAACAGCCAUGCUUUUCUCCAGGAAGACCUACUCCUCACUGUCUCCUGUUUCUUCCCCAGAUGACAGACAACAUUCAAUAGCUAUUAAACAUAGCUUUACCCUGUUUAGAUGGAGGGACUGCUAUGUUAUAUUUACAGGAAGAGGCCUUCAUUUCUAUUGGCACUCUUUCUUAGUUCAGUACGAGCGGUAGUAAUGGAUAUCCACUAUUUUGCCUAGACAAAAGAGAAAGAGAGGGGUAGAACACCAUCCUCUAUUCUCUGCAUGAUUGUGCCCAGUUUCUUUUUCAGUAAACACUGCAGAUUUAGUGGUUGAGAUGAGCAGAACACUUGGAAUUUGUUUGCAGAUGCACUGAUAUUGUAUGGUAGUCCUUUGGGUUCAAAGAAGACACUCUGUCGUGCAUUUCAUCUGUGGACAUGGAGGUGGCUCUGCAGUCCCAGUCUGGAAGCACAGAGUCUAACACAAUGGGGGCACUGGGAGUUCAUCAUUGUAGUAGCUGCUGGUCUGAUUCUGUGAUGCCGCUCAGGGUUUUCUAUCACCUGUCUUCAAAGCUGGUGGAGGCUUCAUAGCACAGGGCUCACCAGAAGGUUCUGUCAGCAGCUGCAGCUUCUGGUUCCCUUGGCUGAAUGUCACAGUGGCAUAGGGUUUCUUUCAGAGCAUCUUUCUAGUGCUGUGGUCCUGAGGUCUCUUCCCAGUCUCCAGUUCAACAUAGAGCAACUGGUGAGGCAUACAGUGGUUUUUUUUUUUUUCUGUGUCAGAAGCAUCUACCAAGGCGCUUCAGUAUUGAAAGGAUUUGCCGGUGAUGUCACCGUUGCCGGGGGACACCCAAGGGGGCUCCUUUCAUGUCCCUGUUAUUUUCCCACCAAAGUGGUACCUAUUUAUCUACUUGCAUUUCCAUGCUUUCGAAUUGCUAGGUUAGCAGGAGCUGGGACAAGUUGAUGGGAGCUCACUCCAUCACGCAGCUCAUGCUCUCAGGUUUCGAACUGCCGAGCUGCCAACCUUAAUGGUCCUCUUGACUCAGCGUCUUAACCACUGCACCGCCAUGGCCCCUUACAGUGGUCAUCCAUUCUGAUGAUGUGUCCCAUCCACUGCAUCUGGGCUCUGAUAAUCACUGAUAUUACAUUCUUCAGAAAACCCUCAAAGAUUACAAAGAGAGGGAAAUCAUCCCGUUCAUAUUAUGCAAGAACAAUGCUGUGCUCAGCAUUUUGCUUGGCAAACUGUUUUGGUUAAUGCUCCUCUUAACUGGCUUUUUGCAGCCUAAUUUUUCACUGUAUGAGGAAAAGCUUUUGCAGCUUGUGAGAGUAUUUGAAGAGAGCAUUAUUAGGCUUUUUUCAAUAAUAACAAUAAUUUGGUUUGGAAUGCUCCAAAGACCUGAUAGGGAUGAUCAGGGUUUAGAUUAUUACAAGAACAUUUUAUAAGAACUCUUGUAAGCUAUUUACUCUAACAAGUUAAGCUCCUAACAUUUCCUGGGUGAUGUUAUGGUCAUGUUGUGCUGGUUAAGAUCUAAAAAGCUGCUUAAAAGGUUUUUUUAUCUUGUUUUCUACUUUUCUCCCCACCCCUUACCCAAAGCAUAAUAAUUUCUGUAAAUUUUUCCUAGCAAUUUCAAUUUUCUUACAUCUCAAAACCCUGAUUUCAAAAAUGUACUGCCAACUGAACACAGCUCUCAUUUCAGAAAUACAAAGCCAAACAUGCAAAGUUAACUGACUGAACCCGACUCUGGUCUGUAUGGAAAUUAAAAUACAUUUCAGAAUGUUGUGUUUCCAGUUCCCUACAAACUUGGCUUGAUCAGAAUUUCAAAUUUUAAAUAGUAUAGUUGACUUUAAAUAUGCAUACCAAUUCCACAUAAAUACAAAAAAGUGUAUUAAUGGCUGUUCAAUUUGAUUGUUGCUUGGUUUUAAUUUCUUAUAUGCCAGCCGGUCAUUGCUAUGAGAGGGUGACCAUAUAAAUUGAUAUAAAUAAAUCACAGAAUUGAAUAUUGAGCUUCAAUGCACCGUGCAUGGUUUUAAAUUUCUCAAAUUUGUGCAAACUUGAAUUUCCAGAUAUUAUAGAAUCAACUUCUAUUAUCCAGGACAAUAGCCAUGCUGGUUGGGUAUGGACAACACCUGGGGAGCCACUGUUAUGAUGAUUGAAGGCUAUUUUUGCUGCAGGACUCUGUUGUAAUAACAGUCUCCUUGUGUGAAUGAAAUGAAAUGAAAGACAGAAAAGAAAACCCUUUCUGCUUCCCUUGGGAAAAGCUAGUGCCAAACUCUGAAUCCCUAGUUUAUUUUUAAUUUAUAUUUUAACAAGAAAGGUGAACAAUAUUUCAAAUUCAAAAUACGUCUCAAGUUCAAAUGGGUUGUUCUGAUUUAUGGAAGUGUCCCAAAGCUGUUCUGACCAUUCUGGAAGUGUCUUAAGUUCAAAAUAGGGCUGUUUUAAGUUCAAAACACAGGCAGAAUAGUCUGUCCACCAGCACUGGAAUAUUUCCAAUAUGGUUGGAACGGUUAUUUCAAACUAAAAACAAAGCAUUUUAAACUCAAAAUUGAAAAUGUUGAGUUCAGAACACUUAGUGCACCACUGUUUUCUUCAAAUAAGUAAGUUAGCUAGAGAUUAAGUUCUCAUGAACUAAACUGAAAAGCUUGGCUAACAGUAUGUAUUGCCAUUUUAUUCCCUCAUGGACAGCUCUUAAUUUAAGUGUUAUGCAAAACAGACACCAUUUGUGUUUCAGAAACCAGAAUUUCUAACUUAAAAUAAAUCUAAAAUAGAAAUUGUAUUUUAAUAUUCAAAAAGUGAAGAAGCUCAGUUGAAAUUUUGUUGGAGGGCACAUGUUUUUUAAAUAGUAUUUUAGAUGCUAACCAUCCAGCCAAAUGAUCUUAGCCAUAAUAAAACAAUAUUUUUGUCAUGUGUUUUUUUCCUGAGUGUAUGGAAUCUGUUUAUAACAGACACCUUUUGAAAAAAAAUAAUUUAAAACUAUUAGUUUUAAUACCUGUACAAGGUAUUUUUUCAGCUUGUAUAUUUUAUUUUGCAAGUGUUCUGUAACUUUUUUCUUACAUAUAUGCUUUCUGCAUCUUAUAGUUGUUUCAGCCAGAGGUCAUGGCUUCAUUUAAAAAAAGGCUGUUGAAGCUGAAAUCCAAUGUAUGUAUAUGAUCCCGUCAGCCUGCUAUGUAUUUGCUGUAAUCUCUUUGGCCAGAUUUAUCUGCAUUAAUAUGUUAUAUCAAAUGUAUUUUCCAGAAAUGUAUAUACAAAUGUACAUUCCUUUUAUCUUCUUCUAACUUUAUAUUUUAAUGUGCGUAACAUUUACCAGCUGUGUCUUAUAUAAAUGUCACUGUACAUUUUAAUUUUUUUGUGAUUUUCACAGUGCAUGAAGUGAACUUUAAAAAAUGGAGUUUAUUGACAGCAAAAA